UUACCAUCCCAAGGUCGUUCCUUUUUGCCGUCUAUCUUGUUUUUUGUUUUCAGGAGAGGUAGCUAGCUACUGGGGAACUAGGUUGCUACACUGCCACCAUUGCAGCUUGCAAUCUUAUCCCCCUGUUGCUGUUCGGAGAUCCCGAGCGCAAUGCUCACGCGAGCUGCGCUUCGACGAAGGCACACUCUUCGUGUUCUUCGACAGGCAGCAGAAGACAUCCAGCUACCAUGGCUGUGUCCUGCUCUUGCACCUUCCCAUGUCCUUCCACCUCAGCGAAGAUCAACCUCCUCACGCCCGUCGCUAUCCCGCUCGAAAACCUCACCUGCGCACCUCACCCAAUCGAGACAUCUUGCUUCGCCUGCCACUGGUCCCGAGAGCUUCGAUCGAAAUGACGACUAUAUCCCUUUUGUCUAUGGUGACUAUCCUCUUCAGAGGUCGAGAAAAGUCAAUGGCGAGCUCAGUCCAUUUGACCUCUCUCAAAUUCUCAUGCUGGACAAUGCGGCAGACCUUGCGGAAGAGCUCCAAGACUCGAGCCACCUCCCAGGUGUCAAUGUACGCAGAAACGUUGUAGAAAUCGAAGCUACUUUGGACGCUUGUGUACAGGUGCACCGCUGGGAUCGAGCUUUCACCCUCCUCUCUCAGUUGGCACUGUCCUAUCAACACCGUCCUUCGAAAGUGCGAGUUGCAUACAAUAAGGUCUUUGCCGCCAUGGUGCACGAACUCCUACAGAACAACAAUCUGUCGCACGAAAAGCGUAUCAACGAAUGGAUUGAGGUUCAUUUGAGAAAGGCCGGGUUGGAUCCAGACGCAUACACUCUUGCCCUCAGGAUCAAAGUUGCGCUGGAGCGUGAUACAGGAAACAAAAGCCGACGCACGAUAUACAGAUACUGGGACAUGGCUGAAGAACUUGGUCUCCAGAGCAAGAUGCUUGGCCUCCGAGAAAUCUUUGACGAUAGAGAGCUAGGGAAGCUAUCUCAAUUACUGGAACUUUCCGAGCCCAGCGACUUAGUGUCGUCACCCGGAUACGUCGAUAAUCUAUCUUCAUCUGCAGAAGUUGAUGCUGAUCUCAAGAUCCGAUCUGAAUUGAAGAGGCAGCUUCAUGUACGAGAAAUGGAGCAAAAGGGCAUGGGUCUGGCAUCGCUGAAACAGUCUUUGGCCGUUUUCUCGACGGAAACGGAGAAAGAUAUGAGUACAUUACACGAAGAAGAUUUAAACGUAGCUCGACAACGUCGCUUGGAAAAAGAUGCUGUUCAGUCUGCGGUCGACCGGUGGAAGAUCGAAUAUGAGAAGAGGGCUAAAAGAGGUAUCACAGGCGAUCUGGCACACGGAAAGAUUGGCGCAUUGCUCUGGCAAUGGAAUGAAAUACUAGCGGAAAAGAUUACAAAGGAGGUUCAACUUGCAAAGGAGGAGGAAGCAACUCCAGGCUCAACAUCCGCAGAAGCGAAGCUGCGUUCUGAGUACUCGCCGUUCCUCGAAUUAUUACCUCCGCAAAAACUGGCUGCCGUAACUGCAAUUUCUUUGAUGCAGAUGAUGAGCAGGAUGGGUGCAUCUAAGCCUGUCAAGCUUGUGAGAGUCGUCAGUGAACUCGGGCAGGCUGUGGAAACAGAAUACGAUGCGAGUCAGCUCGCUCGUAAGAAGGCUGAAGCUAUCAAAAGAAGGAACCAGCACAAACAAGACGAUGCAACUUCUAAUGGAGCCCUAUGGACUGAACCAUCUGAUCAUCGAUUUCUGAGACGCUCCUCGCACCAUGCUGCUGCCCCAUCAAAGGCUCAACUGAACUGGUCAAAAGCGAUACACGUCAAACUCGGGUCCAUUCUUUGUGAGCUCAUGUUCGACACCGCCAAGGUCAUGGUGACGCGCUGGGACGAAGCCAGAAAGAUGAAGAGGACCCUGCCACAGCCAGUUUUCAUUCACUCAACAAGCUAUCAGAACGGCCGGAGAAUCGGCGUUGUUUCCUUGCACGAGGACUUUGUCAAGAUUCUGAUUAGAGAACCGGCGGAACAUUUCAUUGCCAAGCAGUUGCCCAUGCUUUGCGCUCCAAAACCAUGGAGAAGUUUUGAUGAUGGUGGCUAUCUCGACUCAAAGCAGCCAUUCUUGCGCGUCAAGUACAGUGAAAACGCCCAGAAAGAGUACGGCAUUGCCGCCGCUGAACGUGGAGAUCUUGACCAGCUGUUUGCUGGAGUCGACAUCCUAGGCAAAACCGGUUGGAGGAUCAACAGGCAGGUUUUCAACGUUAUGCUAGAAGCGUGGAACAGCGGAGAGGAAAUUGCCAAUCUACCACCUCUCAACAAGGCAUUCCCUGAGAUUGAGCGACCUGGCGACAAUGCCACGCCUAAAGAACGUUGGGACUGGUUUGUCAAGACACGUCAAGUCGAUAAUGAGAAAAGUGGUAUCCAUUCGAAUCGCUGUUUUCAGAAUUUCCAGAUGGAAAUCGCGAAAGCAUACCUCGACGAAACAUUCUACCUUCCACACAAUGUCGACUUUCGUGGACGAGCCUACCCCAUUCCUCCAUACCUCAACCAAAUGGGUGCGGAUAAUGCGCGAGGUGUACUUCUUUUUGACAAGGGUCGCAAGCUUGGGGAAGACGGACUACGUUGGUUGAAGAUUCAUCUGUCUAACGUCUAUGGCUUUGAUAAAGCAAACCUUGCCGAUCGAGCUCAGUUUCCCAUGGAUCAUAUUGACGACGUAUAUGAUUCAGUCAAGAAUCCCCUGACUGGGAGGCGUUGGUGGCUUACCGCUGAAGACCCAUGGCAGUGCCUUGCUACUUGUUUCGAGCUUACAAAUGCUUUGGAGUCGCCCAACCCGGCCGAGUAUGUGUCAAGGCUUCCAAUCCAUCAAGAUGGGUCUUGCAAUGGUCUUCAACACUACGCAGCACUAGGUGGUGACAUUGCUGGCGCCAGGCAAGUUAAUCUCGAACCUGGCGACAAACCUGCAGAUGUCUAUACCGGAGUGUGUGAGCUGGUCAAGGCUGAAAUCAAGGAGGAUGCAGCGAAAGGCCAUACUUUGGCUCAGAUGCUCGACGACCGAGUCACGCGUAAAGUGGUCAAACAAACUGUCAUGACCAACGUGUAUGGUGUGACCUUCCUGGGUGCUAUUCGGCAAGUUCGCAAACAAGUCGAUGAUCUUAUUCCGGAGGUCAGGGAUGCUCAAUUGUCUGGCAAAGCCUCCAGUUAUAUUGCCAGAAAAAUCUUCAAAGGUUUGGGCGCCUUGUUCACUGGAGCACAUGAGAUUCAGUAUUGGCUUGGUGAUUGUGCAAACCGUAUCAGCUCAUCUAUAUCUCCAGCCCAGCAGGACAAAAUGUACUCGAAAGCCUAUGAGCGAGGUUCAGGUGAUAUUUCACUUUCAAAGACACAAAAGAAGGCCAAGCCGGUAUUCGAGUCUUGCAAUUUCAGGUCCACCGUCAUCUGGACGACGCCUCUGAAGCUUCCUGUGGUCCAACCAUAUCGUGUCAUCAAAGGUCAGAAGAUUCAGACAAAUCUCCAAAACAUCACCUUGGCGCAGCCUAGUGUGGCGGAUGCUGUGAACAAGCGAAAACAAUUGCAGGCGUUUCCUCCCAACUUUAUUCACUCUCUCGACGCUACACACAUGAUUCUCUCUGCGCUCAGGGCUCACGAGCUUGGAUUGAGUUUUUCUGCAGUACAUGAUAGUUUUUGGACCCAUGCAGCUGAUGUCAACGCCCUCAACACGUUAUUACGAGAUGCCUUUGUCCAAAUGCACAGUGAGGAUAUCAUUGGGCGACUGGCCGCGGAGUUUCAGAAGCGUUACGAAGGUCAUUACUAUUUGGCGCAGAUCCACAAAAACAACCCUCUGGGUAAAGCCAUUUCCCAAUACCGUCAACAACUGAUGGCAGAAGGCGAUCUGGCCACCUCGAAAGGCGCAAAGGGCAUGGCUCAACGCAAAGACCAAGAACUUUUGCGAGAAGUGCGCAGAAAUAAGUUGUUGGCGAGCGAAGAUCCAAAAGAGAGAAAGAAGGGCGAAUCCAUGGUCACUGCUGCUACGUUGUUUGACAAAUUUGACGGAGAGCAAUUCUUGUUCCAUCGUGAUUCCUUGGGUGAAACAGCCAUUGGAGCUGUACCUGAGGAAUCCAAAGAAUCAACAGUUCAAGAAGCCAUCAAUGAAGCCGAUGCAGCUGCCGAUGUUGACUUGGCCAGCAGUCUGGAUCCUUUACGGGAUGCGAUCACGAAUGAAGAUGACAUGUUGGAUAUGGACGAGUUGUCUGUGAGCAGCGUCCCGAAGCUCUCGGCCGACAGUGUCUCAUUAGAUGCAUUUGGUCAAAAGAUUCGCAAGAACAAACGAUCAAAGGCGACGUCAGUUACUACCAACCAGGUUUGGCUGUGGUUACCCAUCAAGUUCCGGCCUGUACCUAAGAAGGGAGAUUUUGAUGUCAACCGACUCAAGGACAGUACUUAUUUCUUUUCAUGAUUGUGUAUACAUAUUUGGAGCUGAUGUUUUAUGGAUCAAUGGUGUUGAUGUAUAUUAAAAAGUUCUAGAUGGAGUGGUACGAGGAAGAGUCUUGGGGUUUCUUUUUCUGAGAUGUGCAUUGAAUAGCGAGGAGCGGCAUUUGUAUGUGGAUAAAAGAGACGGAGUUGGAUUGUAUAUACAGAGUACCCAAGUCAGGUACAUGUUGACCGGAUGAUAAUACCCUCAAAACUACCUAGGUAUCAGUCGAAUGUAUAGUACUCUGUAAUAUGAUGUACAUGUACUAUUUCAACUUGACAAUCAUUGUAAU